UAAUGCGUAACUUUGGUGUCCAUCCGGAUUUUCGCUAGUCGCUGCUCGCAUAGCUAAAGAAAGAGUGAUGCUGCGACGUCCUAAGCCUGGCGGCUCUGAGACGGAUCUCCUGCGGGAGCAGGAAGAGUUCCUAAAAUCUGGAGCUCCGUCUGCUGCCAGCGUGCUCCGCCGCCCCGACAAGCGGCGGGGUGAGACAGGAGGAGACCUUGGGGAGGAUCAUAGUCACGAUGAAGAAAGUCAGAGGGAUGUGGUCACCAUAGAAGAUCUCCCGGACGAGCUUCCAUCUCUGACACCAGCCCCUCCUAAAAAGUCCCGCUUCAAAAACAGACAUGUCACCUUUGAGGACGAGGAUGCGGGAGAGACGAUGGACAGACAUGACACUCACAUCAGUGCAGUUCUGUCCAAGAUUGUUGAACGAGACACCAGCUCCAUUCCGAUAUCACUCCCGGAAUUUACUGGCGUGGCGUUCCCUAAAGCAUGUCAUCGCUCAACAAACAGCACUCAGGUGCCUCUGUCGGCCAUGGGUGAGAAAAAGAGCAUCUUUGCUCAACAGCUUGCGGCUCAGAGACUAAAAGAGGGCAAGGCCCCAUUAAAGUUUACAUCUCAAGCUCCAUCAAAACACAAACUUCCUCGUCAAAGGCCUAUGGAAAUGUCUUAUCACAAUGGAGACACGGUGUCAUCUCCAGUGUCAAGUUCAAGCCUGGUGUCUGGAGACGGACUCGGGUGUCCCAAUAGGUCAGAGGAGAGCAAGAGGAUCCACAGGGAGAACCAGGAGAAGAUCCUGGCAAUGUCGCAGUCUGAGAUACUAGAGGAGCAGGAGAGGCUCCUAUCACAGCUUGAUCCGACGCUGGUGGAGUUUGUUCGAUCUCGGAGAGCUACGAGCGCCCCGGCUUCUUCCUUCUCACGCAAACACCCUGAGGGCAAAAGCAGCGAGGGAAGUGUUCAUCUCAGUUCAGACUCCACCAGUGGUGCUGCGCCCUCUGCAAAACCCAAAGAUGUGGAGAUGGAAGAGGAAGAGGAGGAAGAAGAGGAACUGUCGCCCCGAUCUGCUGUGAUGGAUCUGCCAGUGAAGCCCCAGAAGGACUGGGUACAUAUGGAUAAACUGGAACCAGAGAAGCUAGAGUGGAUUGGGGACCUUCCUGCACCCAGAAAAACUGGAACCAAACAGGCUAUGCAGGCCCGUUUUGAUUUUAACGGAAAUCUAAUUCCUCCCACGGAAGAUUUGCCCACCCACCUGGGCUUGCACCACCAUGGAGACGAGCCUGAGCGUGCGGGUUACUCCCUCCAGGAGCUUUUCCUUCUGUCGCGCAGUCAACUCAUCCAACAGCGGAGUUUGGCUCUCAACACCCUCCGCAAUAUUCUUUCAAAGGCUCAGGCCGGGGACUACCGCUCAACCCUGAAAGGCAGCGUGUUGUCCACUCUGCUCGACGCCGGCUUGCUCUUCCUGCUUCGCUUUGCGCUUGAUGAUAACGUGGAGGCAGUGAUGGCCGCCGCCGUGCACGCACUUCGAGCACUUUUGGUGUGCACAGAAGAUGAAGAGUGUUUGGACCUCACUUUCCACUGGUUCCGAGGGCUGGCCGCCUUCCCCCUACUGCCAUCGCAGGAGGAAGAAGAGGAAGACGAUGAAGGGCUGGAUGAAAUUUUAAAAGAGACUGCCAAGGAGAGGGAGGAGAGGAAGCCUGAUCAUGACGUGGCGAGGCAGGAUGUUGUCAAGGGGCUCCUGAGAAUGAAACUUCUCCCCAGAUUACGUUACAUCCUUGAAGUUGUCCGACCCUCCCCCCGGGUUGUUCAUGACAUUCUGGAGAUCCUGACCCGUAUCGCCAGACACACUUUGUCAUCUGCCACUCAGGUGUUGGACUGUCCUCGCAUGAUGGAGACGGUGAUGUCAGAGUUUCUUCCCAUUUCCUGGACCGUGCCUUCUAAUUCCUUCCCUCAAUCUGUGUAUGGGCUCCCCCUUGCUUCUGCCAUGAAGCUCUUAAGAGUUUUGGCUACUUCUGGCAGACAUGCAUGCGCCAGACUGUUGAACUCUGCGGGUGUGAGGGAGCGUCUGUGUCGUCUGCUCAGUGCUGAGCCCAGUGAGAUCCUUUUAGAUCCACGCAAGGCUCUUGGGAUCACCACAGAAGCUUACAGGAUGUGGGCUGUGGCAGCCGGCUACGGCCAAGCGUGCGACUUGUACAUAGAUUUGUAUCCAGCUUUACUGACGGCGUUGCAGUCUGUUUGUACAACGCUGGCUCGCUGUUGCCAUCUGUUGCAUCUGCAGCUCGAGAGGGUCUUGGCUCUGCUCACUCUGCUCACUCAGGUGACACAUACUGCUGGUUGCCACCAGGAACUGCAGGCUGGCAUGGUCAGUUCUUCAGGCGAUGAAUGUCCUCCUCCCCCUCCGGUGACAUGGGGGCAUGUCACAGGCUUGCCAGCACCACUUAUGGGCCAUUUAAAGAGUUUUGUAAAGGGUCUCGAUAAUCCAGUGCAGAGAGACAUCAGUCUGGCACUGAUUCCAGUUUACUUGAUCUACUUUGAGGCCUUCUACCAUCAGCUCUCCAAACAGAACUGUUUCAAGCCAGUGGAAGGUCUUCAAGAACUGGAGCAGCUGGCUUCCGAGGUUCUUCUUCCCCUAAUGUCCCACAGUGUUGUGCAAGACCUGAUAAAGAACCUGAAGUCAUCUUCAGUAGUAUGCAGUGUCCUGCCUGCUCAUGUGGAUCUGGACACCUCUCCCAGCCUGCCUGGUUUGGCCUGCUCAGGAUGGAGCGGCCGUCCAGGCUUGAUGUCUCACUCCUCUCCCUUCCCUCUCCUCACAAGCCUUACGCUCCUCUUGGAUACUAUCACCGGUAUCCACAAAGGUCUCACCUGCAAGUUCACUAGCUUCCUUGUGUCGGAGCCUGUCAUUGGUUACCUGCAAACUGUCAGUCAGGCCACACCCACAUUGUCUCAUACCUGGUCCUGGCUUCUCCGUCAUGAGCACCAUCUCAUCUUCCUGUUGCUGCGCUUGGCAUAUAGAUCGGUUUCGAUUGAGCCACAAGUGGGAAAGCACGCCCAGCUCUACCACAAGGUGGCGCUCGUUCUUCUCCCAUGGUUAUUGCCUGGAAGCGAGCACCUUGCUCAUGACUUGCUCGCCACCAUGGUUUUCAGCAAGGACUUCAUACCGGAGGGUCACAGUGGUGGUCCGGAGGCCAUUGAGUUGGGGGAACUGCAGCUUCAAGAGGAAGCGAGCCAUCCCAACUCUCCUUCGCUCCAAAUCGUGGGAGCUCUUUUACGAGAAGCCUGCGCCAACCUUCCCUCCAUUCGUGGCUGCUUCCUCACACACCUGGCCCACCUGGAGUCAUCCGUGCUGGUCUCGCAGGAUGCUCUCUUUGGCCGCAACCCCUGGAUCAAAUCCCACCUCCUGCCAGAACUAAGCGGGCCAACCCUGCCGUCAGACUGGCCUUUUCUUCCUCUUGUCAGCCUGUAUGAGAAAACCGGGGUGUCAGGUGGUGGAGGGCUAUCGGUGGAGGAGCUUCCCCAGGGGGCUCUGCUGGCAGUCACCCAAUGUCUGCAGUGGUUACUGGUGCUGGAAGUCUGGCGGGAGGAAGCCCUUAAGGUGAUCCUCCCUGUUUCAAAGCUGGCCCGGCUGUCCUGUGUGUUCCUGUGUUCCAGCGAUUUGUUCCUGGAGAAACCAGUUCAAAAACUGACUUGGGGUCUGUUUCGGCUACUAUCAAGGCCUUCAAGACUGGAAUGUUUAGACCUCAGCAUCCCCCCUCCAGGUCUGGCCUCCUUCCAAGAUUUGUAUCGUGCCCUCUUGGCUCAGUACGAGGCCGUGUCGUUUGGGGACCGCCUCUUCGGCUGCUGGAUUCUCUUGCCCCUGCAGAGGAAGUACAGCGCCACCAUGAGAUUGGCUGUGUUUGGGGAGCACGUGGGCAUCCUGAGGUCAUUGGGUGUCACUUUGGAACAGCUUGCCAUCCCCAUGGAGAGGUUCACAUCUCCCCCUGAAGACUCCCUCCCUCUGGUACGACUCUACUUUCGCUCUCUUGUCACCGGGAGUGCGAAGCCUUCCUGGUGUCCCUUCCUGUACGUGGUGGCUCUGGCUCAUGUCAACGCUUUUGUCUUCUCUCAGGAUGCUGCGGCGCAGGAGCUUGAAGCGGCACGACACAGCAUGCUGAAAAAAAUUUACUACAUGACGGAUGAGGUGUUAAAGAAGCACAUGUUGCUGUUCCGGAUGCCCAAACAGAACUCUCAGUUGGGCUUCGAAAUGUACGAUCACUUACCUCCUACAAGAGCAAAGCAUUUGGAGAACGUCGUGGGCCUGCACAAUGGCGGCAGCUGUCAAACGGAGAACAGGUGAAGGGGAGAACAAUGUCACCAUAAGACAUUUCAUGACAUGAACAAUUAAAAUUUUCAGUAUUUCAAUGAAGAAUUUUAUUUGAUCGCAGGAUUGUACACUCUAUUAAACACUUGACAAUAA